AUGCCGAAGUUGGUAGAUGCAAAGACCCAGCAUGAUACCAUUCCGACAAAGGCAGAGAUAACCAGUUUGGCGAUCCAGACGGACACAAAGCUACCAACGCUUGAAGUUUAUACCCAAGUGGGAACGGAACUAAAACAUUCUUGGUCUCAGGCUGAAUAUGGUGUAGAAACAAGGUCAGUUGCCUUGCAGCCAAUUAAGAAUACAAAGGAUGUGGAUGUUGAAUGCAAUAUCAUGUUAAAGGCUGAAACGUUGAUUAGCAUCAAAGAUGAGUUGAUAUGCUCAACCUUUACCCCAACCGAAAUGUCAACCACAACUUCUCAGACAAUGUACCCUACUCAUGUUGAUUCGGUUUGCGAGAGUAUUAAACCUCAAAUCAGCUCCCAGAAUGUCGACAUCCAGACGCUAUCAACGCAGCUCAUUGGCAAAAAGCUUCAGGUUGACCUAAAACCGGAAUGUGAAGUUACGCAGACACAGACAGAUGCAAUGCCGAAGUUGGUAGAUGCAAAGUCUCAGCUUGAUACCACUCCGAAAAAGGCAGAUACAACCAGUUUGGCGAUCCAGACAGACUUAAAGCCGCACACGCUUGAAGUUCAGACCCAAGUGGGGAAGCAGAUGACGCAUUUUGGGUCUCAGGCUGAGUAUGCCGUCGAAACUAAGUCAGUUGCUUUGCAGUCAAUUAAGGCUACAAAGGAAGUGGAUGCCACGUGCUGUCUCAUCCUUGAGACGGAACCAGUUUUGAUCGCUGAUAAUAUAGUGACUCAGAGCUUCCCUCCUGCAGAAAUUAUUGAAGCUUCAUAACCUGAUUUAUCAUGCCUUGAGAACCUCAACUUCUACUCAGACCUCUAG